AUGGCAAAACAAAACGAUAACGUCAACCCAGGUAACAACGAAGAAGGGAGCCCGCCAACGAAGCGAAGAAAGAUUGAAGAGUUACUGGAGAAACAGAAAAAUCUCGAAAAAUCUCACCUGGAAAUGGGAGAAAAACUUCGAUUGGCUGAAGAAGAAAUCAAGAAAAUUUCACAAGAACUUGAAGAAGACACUGUCGAGGAGAACAUGACUAAACAAACUACAAGCAGCCUCCAGAAUUCAGUCACAUCACCAGGAGUUUUUCACGAAAGCACAGCUCAACCAUGGGCAAUGUCCAGAAAGUGUUUCGUGCUGAAACAUGUCUUCACAGAUGUUCCGGAUAUGAACCAUGGAGAAUGUUAUUAUGGAAAAGAAGAAGAACAUUUUGGAGUGGCAUGGCAAGCAUAUCUGUGGAAACAAGAUAACAAACUCAACUUAUAUUUGGAAUGUGUCAAAUUAUUGAGUGGGGAGAAAUGGUUGAUUUCAUCAAAUGCUGUUUUCAAACUGGCCUCAAAAAACGGAAAAUUUCAAUCAGAAUUGAUCAGUGGUACCCACGGAAAUGCGGAUGGAAACACCAAAUUUGUUUCGUAUGGUGCGAGUGAAUUUAUCGAAUGGAACAGAGUGAAAGAAGAUUUUCUCGAAGAUGGCAAACUCACAGUUGAGAUUCAUGUGGAAAUCGAGAAGAUGAUUGGAAUCUAUAAGAAUGACUUGAUAAGUUUCGAUGAUGAAAUGAAACCAUUCUCUGAUGUUGUUCUUGUUGUCAAUGAGAAAAAGUUCUUCGUGUCGAAAUUGCAUCUCGCUGGACGUUCUCCUUAUUUCAAUUUGCUUCUAAUGCGAAAUUUCCAAAAAUCAACGAAAUCGGAAAUCAAAUUGAUUGGAAUCGUUGCGGAUGAUUUUCAGAAUUAUCUGGAAGUUCUUUAUGGAGAACAAUCGAUUGAUGAAUGUACAGUUGAAGGAAUCCUCGUGGUUGCUGACACGUACGAUACACCAAUGGUAAUCCGGAAAUGCGAGGAUUUUCUUGUGAAGAAAUCCCAAAAGACACUGAAAAAGAUGUUGGAGAUGUCCAUUCGAUACAAUUUGGAAGCACUCAAGAAAAAAUGUCUCGGCAAGAUCAAAUCGAUUGUUGAUAUAAAAUCAGUUGUUCCAGGACAUAUUCACGAUAUGGAUGCAUCGAUUAUGGCCACUCUUCUCUAA